UCAUGGCCAUAGCAUAACAAAAAUAAAUUUGUGGACAACAAGCCAGAGUACAUGAUGGCGGCGUCGCUGCUACGCCGGGAUAAGAAAGCCACUGCCGCCCAUUUAAAGGCAGACCUCAAUCGGACUGACAAUUGUGCCGGGGCACGGCAACUCCAAGAGCUGCUCGACACGGUACUGAACCCCGAGACACCGGCCACCGACACCGAGGCUCUGGACUGGUGCAAAUGUCUGAUCGCAGGGGGAGACGGAUUCGAUGAGUUCUGCAAGACGGUCCGGUCCUAUGACAACGCCACUCUCUGUGGUCUGGUCUGGACGGCCAAUUUCGUGGCUUACCGAUGCAGGACUUGUGGCAUUUCCCCCUGCAUGUCAUUGUGCGCCGAGUGUUUUAACAACGGCGAUCACACGGGCCAUGAUUUCAACAUGUUCCGGAGCCAGGCCGGCGGGGCCUGUGACUGUGGGGACAGUAAUGUCAUGCGAGAGAGUGGGUUUUGUCGAAGGCAUCGGUUAAAGACCGGGGAGAAUGUGCCAUCCGUCCCAAGGGAGCUCCUCUUGAUGUCAGAGAUGGUCCUCCCUCGAUUCAUCAUCAGCGUCAUUCAGUAUCUACGGGAAGGAUACACUGAGCCAGGUGAAGGCACAGACUCUGGCAGUGAGCGAGACCUGCAGAAGGUUUUACAGCAGCUGGAGCCACAGAUCUCCUUUCUAGAAGAGCUGACAAAGAUGGGUGGGGCGAUGAGGACCGUUCUGACGAAGAUCCUGACCAAUCAGCAGACGUUCAAAGACCUGAGCAUGGGCCAGGAAGGCAGUCCUUAUGCGAAGCAGAACUAUGAAAAGUACUUGUCAGCGUUGAAGAACUCUGGCCUGGUGUCUGUGGAGGAGAAGGCCCUGCCAGCGUCGGCUGAGUCCCCCGCCGGGGAAGAGGAAGCGACGGGGGCCCUAGCCUCCAGCGGAGCGGCGGCAGCAGGAAGCACGGAGGAGGCCAGUAAAGAGGAGGAUCCGGAUGGGGGGCAGGCACUUGGGCAGAGGAAGAGGGUGAAGCUGAGCAGCACUACCAAAGACACCUCCAUUAUGGACUCCCUGAAACACAAAUGCUUUCUGGAGGAGCUGCUGUUCUGGACCAUCAAAUAUGAGUUCCCCCAAAAGAUGGUGACCUUCUUGUUAAACAUGUUACCGGAUCAAGACUACAAGAUCACCUUCACCAAGACGUUCGUGCAGCACUACGCCUUCAUCAUGAAGACGCUGAUGAAGAGCCACGAGUCGGACACCAUGUCCAACCGCAUCGUGCACAUCAGCGUGCAGCUGUUCAGCAACGAGGAGCUGGCCCGCCACGUCACCGAGGAGUGUCAGCUGCUGGACGUCAUGGUGACCGUGCUUCUCUACAUGAUGGAGAGCUGUCUGGUCAAGAGCGAGCUGCAAGACGAGGAGAAGAGCCGUCAUGUGGUGGUGAACUGCGGCGAGGCGCUGCUGAAGAACAACACCUACUGGCCGCUGGUCAGCGACUUCAUCAACAUCCUGUCCCACCAGAGCGUGGCCAAGAAGUUCCUGGAGGACCACUCCCUGCUGAUGCUCUGGAUGAGCUUCGUCUCCUUCUUCCAAGGGAUGAACCUGAAUAAGAGGGAGAUGAACGAGCACGUGGAGUUCGAGUCCCAGACGUACUACGCAGCCUUCGCGGCUGAACUGGAGGCCUGUGCCCAGCCCAUGUGGGGGCUCCUCACACACUGCAAGGUCAAAGAGACUCAAGAAUACACUAAGACGGUGGUGCGCUACUGCCUGGAGGCUCUGCAGCUGUGGUUUGAUGCUAUCGGCUUUGUGGACGAGCCUGCACCAAACCAGGUGACCUUCCACCUGCCCCUACAUCGCUACUACGCCAUGUUCCUCAGCAAGGCGGUGAAGUGCCAAGGCCUUGACCUGGACAGCCUUCUGCCCGACCAGGAGAUGUUGAUGAAGAUCAUGGUGCAUCCAUUGCAGAUUCAGGCAAGCUUGUCGGAGAUCCACAGCAACAUGUGGGUCAGGAACGGGCUGCAGAUCAAGGGCCAGGCCAUGACAUACGUGCAGUCGCACUUCUGCAACUCCAUGAUCGACCCCGACAUCUACCUGCUGCAGGUUUGCGCAUCAAGGCUGGAUCCUGAUUACUUCAUCUCAUCUGUGUUUGAGAGGUUCAAGGUGGUGGACCUGCUCACCAUGGCGUCCGUGCACCAGAACGCCCUGCUGGACUCUGAGCAGGAGAGGCCGAUGCUGGAGGGCGCCCUGACCUUCCUGGUCAUCCUCACCAGCCUCCGCCUCCACCUGGGGAUGACGGACGACGAGAUCCUCCGCUCCGAGAUGGUGUCGCAGCUCUGCAUGAACGACCGCACCCACAGCUCGCUGCUGGACCUCAUCCCCGAGAACCCCAACCCCAAGAGCGGCAUCGUGCCGGGGAGCUGCAGCUUCGAGGAGAUGCUCUCGGCGGUGGCGGACUUCAAGGCCCCUGUGUUCGAGCCCGGAGGCUCCAUGCAGCAGGGCAUGUACACCCCCAAAGCGGAGGUGUGGGAGAAGGAGUUUGACCCCAUCAUGGUGGUGCUCAGAACGGUCUACCGACGAGACGUCCAGUCGGCAAUGGACCGAUACGCAGCUUUUUUGAAGCAGUCUGGGAUUCACACCGGCAACCCCUGGCCCCCUUACAAGGAGAGGAGUCCCCUGCACCCGAGCUACAAGGGCCUGGUCCAGCUUCUGCACUGCAAGACCCUGCACAUCGUCAUAUUCACACUCCUCUACAAGAUCUGGAUGGACCACCAGAACAUGUCUGAGCACGUGCUCUGCAUGGUGCUGUACCUCAUCGAGCUGGGCCUGGACAACCAGGACCAGGAGCACAAGGAGGAGGAGGAGCCCUGCAUCGAGGAGCACUGCCACGACAGCUGGUUCCCGGGCACCAGCCUCCUGUCCAACCUGCACCACGUCAUCAACUUCGUCAGGGUCCGGGUCCCCGAGACCGCCCCCGAGGUCAAGAGGGAGCCCCCGCCCAGUACGAGUACCGAGGCGACCUCCUUUGGUCCGGCCUCCCGGCGUCUCUCGGGGAACUGGCGAGAGAACCUCCGCGAGGCGCAGGUCUUCAGCCUGGUCGCCGAGCGCCGCAGGAAGUUCCAGGAGAUCAUCAACCGCAGCAGCACGGAGGCCAGCGCCCAGGUGGUGCGGCCCAAGAGCUCCUCCACCCGCUGGGUCCCGCCGGGCACGCCGCCCCAGCUGGUGACGGAGAUCCUGGAGGUGCGCGAGAGCAUGCUGUCGCUGCUCAUCAAGCUGCACCAGAAGCUGUCGGCCAAGCAGAACUCUCUGCCCGCCGGGUGGCUGGAGGAGGCGGCGGCGGCGGCGGAGGCGGCGGCGGCGGAGGCGGCGGCGGGGGGGGGGCCCGCGGACGCCGGGCGCCACACCCACGGCGACGGCAUCACCGCCAUCGAGCGCAUCCUGACCAAGGCGGCCGGACGCAGCCGCCACAGCCAGCGCAGCAUCCAGGAGAUCUGCGGGAAGGUGUGCCCCCCCGUGCCCCCCAAGAAGAGCAGCCCCGCAGACAAGAAGACCCUGGAUAAGGAGGAGAGGCGUACGAGGGCCCGGGAACGGCAGCAGAAGCUGCUGGCCGAGUUCGCCUCCAGGCAGAAGAGCUUCAUGGAGACCGCCAUGGACGUCGAAUCCCCCGACGGCGAGGCGGCCAUGGACCUGGGACUGACGGAGCUGAUGGACUCAGAGAUCCUCUACGACUGUGUCAUCUGCGGCCAGAGCGGCCCGUCCACAGAAGACCGGCCCACCGGCCUGGUGGUGCUGCUACAGGCCUCCUCAGUGUUGGGCCACCGCUGUAAAACGGGCGAGGCCAAGAAGCUGCCGACGAGCGACGAGGAGCACAUCUACGCGGCGGACACGUGCGGUGUUGCGCACGACCUUCGCCUGGCGCUGAUGCAGCGCUUCUUCAGAGAGAGCUCGUGUCUGCAGUCGGUCUCCAUCGGCUGGGACGGUGGCGUCUACGUCCAGACCUGCGGCCACACGCUGCACAUCGACUGCCACAAGUCCUACAUGGAGUCCCUCCGGAACGACCAGGUCCUGCAGGGCUUCUCCGUGGACAAGGGGGAGUUCACCUGCCCGCUGUGCCGGCAGUUUGCCAACAGCGUGAUCCCCUGCCGCCCGGGGCCGGGCCUGGAGGCCGGGGCCUGGCACUGCCCCAGCAACAAGAAGCCCUCGGUCCUGGUGAAGGAGGUGGAGGACCUGCAGGGGCUGAUGGCCCCCUUCCCGACGGUGUCGAACCUGAGCAAAGAGAUGGAGCUGGUCAUCAAGGACAUCAAGAACACCACCCAGAAGAAGUACAUGGACUACGGCAAGAACCCGGGCUCCCCUGACAACGACUUCCUCUUCAUGUACUCUGUGGCCAGGACCAACCUGGAGCUGGAGCUGGUUCACCGCGGCGGCCACCUGUGUUCUGGAGGAGCUAGUGGGGCAGCCAAGCGCUCCUGUCUCAACCAGCUGUUCCAGGUGUUGGCCACACACAUGCGUCUGUACAGCAUCGACUCUGCCUACAACCCCUGGACCCGACUCACGCAGGUCACUAAGAGCCAGCUAGAAGAAGGUCCGGAGGUCGACCGGCGGGAGGUGGCCAUGCUGUUCAGAGACGUUCCGUCGCUGCUCAUCAUCUUCGUGCUGACCAUGCCGCAGCCCCUGAGAAAAGAACACUUCACUUGCGUGGUGAAGAUGCUGUACAACCUGCAGUUCGUCCAGGCCCUGGCCGCGCUCUCCGCCCAGUUCAGCCCCGAGGAGAGGCAGGCUUGGAGCAUGUCUGGAACCCCCAAGAAGAACGCGGCAAACGGAGAGAAGUGUUUCGAAGCCCUGCUCAGCCACGUCAUCGGCGAGCUGUCCAGUGACGAGACGAUCUACCGGCUGAAUGCGGCGGAGCCCACCGUGCUGAGCUCCAGCGUGUGGUCUCCCCAGUCCAUCGAGUUCAGCCUACGUCAGUUCUGCCUGCCCUACCUCCGCAUCGCCAGCCUGCUGCAGCACCACCUCUACGGGGACGUCCUCACCGAGUGCCUGCAGGAGGACGAGUUCUGGACGCUGGUGGUGGGUCUGGGGCUGCUGGCCCCGGGGCCCCAGACCCCCAGCUCCAGCUCCAGCCCCAUCCCCAGUGCCUCGUGUCUGGAGUGGCCGGGGGUCAGUGCCUUCCAGCUGGUGACCCAGUGGUGUGAGGAGAUGAAGGGGCUCCCCGAGACGCAGGCCGAGCACACCCUGGAACUGGUGCCGUUCCGCUCCCCCCAGACCCUCCUGGUGCAGGACCCCCAGUGGGGAGCGCCGCGGCUCCUCCAGCUCCCCGACAACUACAACAUCCUCUUCCAGUACUACCACCGCAAGGCGUGCUCCGCCUGCCAGAAGGUGCCCAAGGACCCGGCGCUCUGCCUGGUCUGCGGCACCUUCGUCUGCCUCAAGGGGCCGUGCUGCAAGCAGCAGGGCACCUGUGAAUGUGUUCUGCACUCCCAACACUGUGGCGCCGCGACCGGCAUCUUCCUCCUGAUCAACGCCUCCGUCAUCAUCAUCAUCCGGGGCCACCGCUUCUGCCUGUGGGGCUCGGUGUACCUGGACGCGCACGGGGAGGAGGACCGGGACCUACGCCGGGGCAAGCCCCUGUUCCUGUGUGCCGAGAGGUACCGGGUGCUGGAGCAGCAGUGGGUCUCACACACCUUCGACCACAUCAACAAGCGCUGGGGUCCGCACUACAACGGACUCUAAGACCCCCCCCCCCCCGCCCCCCACACCACCACCACCACCACCACCUAUGCUCUCUACCCUCCCUCCAACCCCCUCACACCACCGGGUCCACCAACCAAUCACGGACCCCCCCCUGAUGAAGGACAGUUCCGCCGCAGUUGAAAUAUUUGGGUAUCUUUAUGACGUGAUAAACACUAAACAUGCAGAGUGGCAGCCUUGGUUUAUGUGAAGCUACAUGUACAAUCAUGCCUCAAGACUAACAAGUGUGUGCGCGCAUGUGUGUGUGUGUGUGUGUGUGUGUGUGUUUGCGUGCGCGUGUUUAAGUGAUUUUCCGUGUGGUUUUAAAAUGGGGGAGACUCAGAGGGACGGCGAGUUUAAAGUGAGAGCACCACUUGGCCCAGAAAGACGGUAUUGGUUUAGGAAGAGGCUUUUAAAGCCGGUAGUACGAUAUCUUCCCCACCCCCCCCUCCCCUGCAAAACAUCCAAAAAAUAAACUGAUGAACCCCCCCUGUAAAGUAAGAUUAUUUAGUAAUUAUUGACUGACGCAUAUCACCCCGGUUCUCUCUGAUCUGAUUCCUCCUACGCCGUGCUGGCGAGGGUUUGCAUUGUGCCGCUGUGCCGCAGUGUGCGCUUGUUGUGUUGGUCUGGAGGUAACGGACACGAGACACCUGUCUGACACCAGAGUCCACGCCGUCGAGUGAGGCUCCGUCGAUGGGGGCCGUUUGAAAUCCAUCCUCAGGAAUUAGUUACUUUUUAUUUUUUUGGUUGUUGACAUUUUUCUUUGCUGGUUAAAAUGACUACGUUUGAGAUAUUUAAAUAAAUGCUGCUGCUCAUCAUCUCAUUUGACCUUUUUUUUUUUUUGGUGUAUUGAAUAUUUUCUUAGCUGCGAUUUCGUAUGAGUUUAUAUCGGACGGGGAUGCUGACUCCAGUCCACUUUAAUAUUUACGAAGGCAUCGCGGUCUUUAUUUUAUUUUUUUCCUUACAUCAUUAAUUUCCAUCCUCUGUCCUGACAACCAGCGACGGUGACUUUGAGCGUGUUGUCAUGGCAAUGACGGGUCAGGAUGAACAAUCCCCCCCCCCCUCCCCCUAAACAUAAUCGUCCCAUAUCAAGGUACAGAAAUAUUUUGUUUUUAAGGCAGUAAAAUUGUUAUUGGUUAUUUUGGGUUCACGGAUGAUCUUCAAACCGAAGCCCGUUGUCGAACCCUGAUACCUUAGGGGUUAACGUUGGUUCUCAUUUCAGUCAAAGGGAUCAGAAGGUUAAGACGAUGAGUUGUUAAUUAGUUUAAUUAGGCCCAGGCUGCAGCUACCAACAGCUCUGUGUCACCAGAUGGAAAAAAACAAAAUCUAAAUAAUUUUACCACUGAUCAUAGUCCUCCUUUAAUUUGCACUAUUCAGAAGAUUAUUUCACCUCUUUUCAAGUUUAACAUGUAUCCAACCAAUCCUUUGUUUAAACUCCUUCAGAUCCCCAAACUUCGGCUUCUCCAUCUCGCUCUGCUCAGUGUCGUGACGAACCAAACCUUAAUUAAUAAUAACGCUUCAUAUCCGAAACGCCAUCUUUUUCUUUUCCAUCAGGGAGGUUACAUAUCCAGUUGUGUCGUAAUAUAAAUGCCCCCCCUUUAGGGUCCCCACAGCCCCCUGAUGCCCCAGCGAUGGCCCCCAAACUCUCUGACCGCCGGUCCACGUGGUCGACCGCAGCAACACGAGGAAGACGUUGAUGACAAUUCAACUGGUUCCUCCCCUCCCCCCCCUUAAUUUCAUGCAUGCUGCUUAUUUGUCCCCUACACUCUUAUUUUGAAGUAGGCCCCCCCACUUUGUACGUGUACACGACCGCUAUAGAGGAGUAAAAUGGGUGUAAAAUUCAAACUGAAGGCUUGUGUGUGUGUGUGUGUUCUCCUGUGUGAAUGAAGAGAGAAUACAGUACAUUACUGUAGGUGCUGACUCAAACUAUCUGAGUUUGUUCAAAAAGUGUGACUUGGACAUUUAAUGCAAAAUGUAACAUAUGUGAAUAAAAUAUACACACACUUAA